GGUUGUAGUUGAUCCACGGAGUUUCGCCAUGCGCAACUGGGGGGCUUUCGCGGCCCGCGUCUGGGCGGAGUAGCUGUCUUAGCCCCGACCAAACCGUCCUCUACAGCCUCCUGGCCCAGGCGCAGGCUGCCCCUACCGUCCUUGGGAUGAAGGAGCCCAAAGAGCUGUUGCCCGAUUCGGGUGCUGUGUUUACAUUUGGGAAAAGUAAAUUUGCUGAAAAUAAUCCCAGUAAAUUCUGGUUUAAAAAUGAUGUCCCUGUACAUCUUUCAUGUGGAGAUGAACAUACUGCUGUUGUUACCGGAAAUAAUAAACUUUACGUGUUUGGUAGUAACAACUGGGGUCAGUUAGGAUUAGGAUCAAAGUCAGCCAUCAGCAAGCCAACAUGUGUCAAAGCUCUAAAACCUGAAAAGGUGAAAUUAGCUGCCUGUGGAAGGAACCACACCCUGGUGUCAACAGAAGGAGGCAACGUAUAUGCAACUGGUGGAAAUGAUGAAGGACAGUUGGGGCUUGGUGACACUGAAGAAAGAAACACUUUUCAUGUAAUUAGCUUUUUUACAUCCGAGCAUAAGAUUAAACAGCUCUCUGCUGGAUCUAAUACUUCAGCUGCCCUAACUGAGGAUGGAAGACUUUUUAUGUGGGGUGAAAAUUCCGAAGGGCAAAUUGGUUUGAAAAAUGUAACUAAUGUCUGUGUGCCUCAUCAAGUGACCAUUGGAAAACCUGUCUCCUGGAUCUCUUGUGGAUAUUACCAUUCAGCUUUUGUAACAACAGAUGGUGAACUAUAUAUGUUUGGAGAACCCGAGAAUGGGAAGUUAGGUCUUCCUAAUCAGCUCCUGAGCAAUCACAGAACACCCCAGCUGGUGUCUGAAAUUCCUGAGAAGGUGAUCCAAGUAGCUUGUGGCGGAGAGCAUACUGUGGUUCUCACAGAGAAUGCUGUGUAUACGUUUGGCCUGGGACAAUUUGGUCAGCUGGGUCUUGGCACUUUUCUUUUUGAAACUUCAGAACCCAAAGUCAUUGAGAAUAUUAGGGAUCAUACAGUAAGUUAUAUUUCUUGUGGAGAAAAUCACACAGCUUUGAUAACAGAUAUCGGCCUUAUGUAUACUUUUGGAGAUGGUCACCACGGAAAAUUAGGACUUGGACUGGAGAAUUUUACCAAUCACUUCAUUCCUACUUUGUGCUCUAAUUUUUUGAGGUUUAUAGUUAAAUUGGUCGCUUGUGGUGGAUGUCACAUGGUAGUUUUUGCUGCUCCUCAUCGUAGUGUGGCAAAAGAAAUUGAAUUCGAUGAAAUAAGUGAUACUUGCUUAUCUGUGGCGACUUUUCUGCCGUAUGGCAGUUUAACCUCAGGAAAUGUACUGCAGAGAACUCUAUCAGCACGUAUGCGGCGAAGAGAGAGGGAGAGGUCUCCAGAUUCGAUUUCAAUGAUGAGAACACUACCUCCAAUAGAAGGGACUCUUGGCCUUUCUGCUUGUUUUCCCCCCAAUUUGGUCUUUCCACGUUGUUCUGAGAGUAACCUAGAGAGCGUCUUAUCUGAACAGGACCUCAUGCACCCAGGGGAACCAGAUUAUUUUCUAGAUGAAAUGACCAAAGAAGCAGAGAUAGAUAAUUCUUCAACCGUAGAAAGCCUUGGAGAAACUACUGAUACCUUGAAUAUGACACACAUUAUCAGCCUGAAUUCCAAUGAAAAGUCAUUAAAAUUAUCACCAGUUCAGAAACAAAAGAAACAACAAACAAUUGGGGAACUGAUGCAGCAUACAGCUCUUACUGAAAACGAUGAUAGUGAUGAAUAUGAAGAAAUGUCAGAAAUGAAAGAAGGGAAAGCAUGUGAGCAACAUGUGUCACAAGGGAUUUUCGUGACGCAACCAGCUACGCCUAUCGAAGCAUUUUCAAAUGAGGAAAUAGAGAUCCCAGAGGAGAAGGAAGGAGCAGAGGAUUCAAAAGGAAAUGGAAUAGAGGAGCAAAAGGUAGAAGCAAAUGAGGAAAAUGUGAAGGUGCAUGGAGGAAGACAGGAGGAAACAGAGAUCCUAUCAGAUGACCUUACAGACAAAGCAGAGGAUCAUGAAUUUUCUGAAACUGAGGAACUACAACUGGAAGAUGUGGAUGAGGAAAUUAAUGCUGAAAAUCUGGAAAGCAAGAAAAUUGUGGGAGAUGAUGAAAGUGUUCCUACAGGUUCCCACAGUAAAACAGAAGGAGCAGAAAGAACCAGUGAUGAUAGCUCAGCUGAAACCAUUGAAAAGAAAGAAAAAGCCAACCUGGAGGAACGGGCCAUUUGUGAAUACAAUGAAAACCCAAAAGGAUCCGUGCUUGAUGAUGCAGAGAGCAGUUCAUUAGAAAUUCUGGAAAAUAGUGAAUCAACACCAAGCAAAGACAUGAAAAAAACACAGAAGAUUUUUCUAUUCAAAAGGGUCCCCUCAAUAAAUCAAAAGAUGGUCAAGGAUAACGAUGAGCCGCUCUCAGAGAUAAAAUCCAUAGGAGAGCAGAUCAUUUUAAAAAGCGAUAAUAAAGAUGCUGACCAGAACCACAUGAGUCAGAAUCAUCAGAAUAUUCCACCAGCAAGUACAGAGAGAAGAUCAAAAUUCUGUACAAUACUAUAAAUAUAUAUUUAUGUUUUCACAGUCACCAAGUGUACUGUAAUUUAUACUUCAGAAACGUUAUAACUUAUGAAGGAAAGUUUCUGAUAGUAUUUUAAAGAUAUAAGUCAAUAUGUUUUAUUCGGCUUCUAUCAGUGUGACCAGUUUUGAUAUUUAUUUAUGCUGAUAUUUUUAACAAGUUGUUUCAAAAUAUGUGUAUCUCAAAUUCUCCCUCAAGUGUUGUGGCCUUAACUGUUCAGUGUUGCAAUAAAAAAUAUAUUUUUAUACAUUGAAAAUUGAAAUAAGAUAUUUCAUAGUUUUUACUAAACAAUUUUACUUCUUUAUAAUUUUAUAAGGCAAUAUUUGCAAUCUCAUGACACUGUAACAGUUUUUGAUGUAUUUACAGUUUUUACAAAACUGAGGUAAAAUUGUUUAUAAUGAACAUAUUUUAAUAAACUAUAUCUGGCCAGUUCCA